GAUGGCAGCGCGCGCUGAUUGCUUCUGGGUUGUUUUGAAGGAGGAAGAACUGAGUGAGAAGGAGGGUGGCUCAGGCCUCAGCAAAGGAAGGGUCGGCAAUGUUGGAGAGAGAAGAAAAAGAGGGGCGAAGAGGGGCCACAAUGACCCUCUCUGUCCUCCUGGCGGGAAGAUCGAAGAAGCAGAGACACGGGCGUCGAAAUGGACAGCAAUUGCAGGAAAAAGCAUUGCGUGUUUUGAGUUGCCAUCAGAACCUGGAUGAACUUUUCCGCGAGGUGGGAAGUUCACUAUGUAAAGAGGCAUUUAUUUCUGAUAACUCAGGCAGAGAAUCCUCAGAACUGCUUCUGGUCUCUGCUUUGCAGGAUCAGGCCGCUGCCUUGGGUUUGCCGGUGGGGAUCCUCUCGGCCAGAAUGGCUGCAAGGAAUGUGGAGAAGAUCUCUGCGGAGUCUGGCCAAGCCACGCUGCUGAAAGGAGAGCCAAGAGAAAAGUUGUCUUGCCUGCUGUCCACUUUGAAGGAUCUGGCCUCCCAGAAUGCUUUCAGUCCUUCGCUGUUUGCUCAAGAAAUGUGGAAAAUGCAGAGCCCACUCACCCUGGACAUUGCAUGGCAACUCCACAGAGAAGGCCUCUUGACCCUGGAUGAGCUGCUGGAAAAUAAUCUAGAUGCGUCCGCAUCAGUGGACUGGUUAUGCUGCGACCUUUGCCUUCUGUGCAGUGAGACAGAAGGCUCUUCCCUAGACGCAGAGCACCAGGGGAGCCUCCUGACAGGCUUGGCAUCUGUUUUCCUUCGUCACGGAUUUCAGAAGACAUCUGAGCCAGGAAAGCAGUCGUUGUCACCAAAGCUGUCCAAAAUUUACUGCACCGUCCUUGAGAGAAUGCUGGCAUGGCUGCUUGAUUCUGUGGCCAAAGAGAAGCAGGAAGGCCCUUCUUCCCUGAAGGCUGCAAAGAACUGGCUCCAUGUGUUCACUGUGAGUGCCUACCAAGGCCUGGUCCUGCCUGAGGCCCUGCAGGACUUCUUCAGCCAAACUUUGACCCAGGUUCUGACCUACAAUCCCCAGCUCAAAGUUUCUGAUGCCAUUCCUCUGCAGAAAGAAUGGACCUUUGCGCGGACCAAUGCAGUGCUCACCUUGCUGUACCGAAAAUUGUUUGUGCCCUUCAAGCCAGAGGAGCUGGUCCGCCAUUUGCAGCACGUCCUGGAGACAAGCGAAGUCAACUGGCAUCACAUCCUCUCCUGCGUUUCCACACUGCUGGUCUGCCAAUCAGGAGCAGUACCGUUGAUUAAAGACUUUCUGGGCCAUCUGCUGAAGAAAGGGUUUGAGGACUAUGACUUGGAAAGCAUGAUGACGGCCUUCCUGAUCGCGCGCCAGGCUGGCCUGGAGGGCCCUGCUGUGUUCAUGCCUUACUCAGAAUGGUUUAAGAUUGCCUUUGGGAGCUCCAGUGGCUUCCACAGCAGCAGUAAGAAGGCCUCGGUCUUCCUCUUCAAGUUCCUCUCGGAGCUGGUGCCUUUUGAAACCGCGCAGCACUUGAAGGUGCACAUCAUGCUCCCACCGUUUGUUCCGGGCAAAUACCGCCCGUUACUUCUGGAAUACAUCGCUUUAGCCAAAACCCGUCUGGCUGACUUCAAGGUUUCCAUAGAAGACAUGGGCCUCUAUGAGGAUUUAUCUUCCCCAAAGGAAGCUGUUCAGCCUCAAUGUCAGGCCCUUCAGGACGUUGAAAAGGCUGUGAAGAUAUUUGAAAACACGGGAAGGAUCCCAGCAAGUGUUAUGGAAGCCAGUAUUUUCAGGCAGUCCUACUAUGCAACACGCUUUCUCCCUGCUUUGCUGGUGCCACGUCCGCUUCCGGAAAGGCCGGAUCCCCGCAUGGCUUUGAUAGACUCCCUCAGAAGGGCUGAAAAAAUUCCUCCAAACACAUACAAAGCAUAUGUUGAAGAAUGCCAAGUUGCAAAAGAGAAGCUCUUACAAGAUGGAUCGGUCGAAAUGGAGACAAGCGAUUUGAAAGAGCCUUUGGAACUGCUCACAGCUGAGCUUGAGGCGCUCCGAGAGUUGAUUGUGGAUCAAGAUAAGCAGGAGGAACUUCCGGCUCAGAUGGCUCGCGUCUCAGAGGCACUGGUGGGUGUCUUCGGGCCCACCAAUGACCAGGAGGAAAUAGCUUCCGUGGACUUCAGGAUCCGUUUGGAUCUUUCUGUUCCUGAAGUCCCGCAGCAGCAUCAAGAGGCUGUGGAUCUUCUGCUGACAGCGUUUUGCAAGAACGUCAUGUCUGCAUCGUAUUUCCUCCCACCAGAGAGGCAGGGGACCUGGGCUUCACUCUUUGCCAGAAUGGUUUGCGGGCACCGCCAGGCCCUGCCCUCCUUGCUGAGCCGCCUUUGUCAACUUAUUCACCAUCAGGGUUCUUCUCUCAGGGACUCUCACAUCAUUGGCUUGGCUGUCUUCGUGGUUCACUUAAACGAAGCCAAAGCGUCCAUCCCUGCCAUUGACCUCUGCUCUUCUCUGGCCCCUUCCUGCGCUUCCAUGAGAGGCCUUUCUGUAACUCAACUCUGGGAUUACUUUUUGGAUUGCCAGGCAGGAGAGUCUGUCACCUUCUGCAUGAAGUUUUGUGUUGUGGCAUUGUCUUACUUCCUCUGCAAGUUUGGCUCCCUUCCCCAUGACACCUUAUGCUCCUUGCUUCAUCCUGGUUUUGUGAAAAAGCUUCAGUACGUUGUGCCCCUUCUUUGUUCAGAAGCCCGAAAUACAAGCUGGGAAGGGAGCAUGGAUGAUGACCUUCUGUGGAAAAUCUUAUCCCUGCCCAACCUCUGCUACUCGAAAGCUGCCUUAUGCUUAUGGAAGCAUCCCCUUUUCAAAGAACUGUUGCAGGAGAAAGCCUUCCAGCUGACGUUCCAAGAAUGGCUCCUGGUGGAAUUGGCAGUCCCUUCUGAUGAAGACGUUCUUUCUGCUGCUGAGAGGCAGGAGUUCCAUUACUGGGCUCUGUACCAGCACUUCCUUCCUCUGCCUGCCGCCAAUGGAGGUUGCGAGGGAGACCUGAGAGAGGCCUGCGCCGUUCUCCUUGACGCCAUCUUGGAUUUUGGCCAGAGAGGCUCAGCAAUACAUACAUCAAGGUCUGAGUUUGGAAAGUGUAACCAUCCACAUAACCCCAAAUGUUCCACAUUCCAGAGGAGAGGGAACCAUGAUAUCUACGCCAGAUUGCAGGAGAUGUUGUUGCAGCUGGAGCUGGAGCGCAGGAGAGCCUGGCCUGCGUCCAGCGGCAAAGAGGAACCCCUCUUGUUCCGGGUUUUCCAGAAGAGGCUCAAAGGCCUGAAGAGUGGGAUAGCAGUCGGGGAAAAGAUGCACCGGCAGCAAGAACUGUUCCUUCAAACCAGGAUUCUUUUGGGUCUCCCUCCAUCUGUUCUCAUUGCAAUGCGGCAGAAAGGCAAGGAAGUGGCUCUGGACUGUGAAGACUUCUUCGGUUUUGUCAACACAGAACUGAGGAAUGUCUGCUCCAGAGGCUGUACGCUAUCUUUCGACAUCACUGCACAUUUCUUCAGGGGCCUUCUGAGUGCCAGUUUGGAGUGUGACAAACCGGCUCAAGAAGUGACAGCUUUGCUCACUCUGUGCCAAACCAGGUGUCCCAUCAUCCUUUGUUCUGCAGCUCGGUGGUGGUCGAGGCUGGAGUCGGUGCUUUGCUCAGAAUGGAAGAGGCUCAUCGAUGCUUCCUUGGCAAAAGGAUUGCAAAACCUUAGGGCCCUGCAGGCUUCUGUCAGCAGCUUCCUCUCCUCAGAAGCAGCUUUCCUGAUGGCUGACAUUCCCUGGCUUUCUGCUGCCUUCCUGCAUUUCACUCUUCAGCAGCAGCAAACAAUGCCUGAAAGGAUGGGAAAGAUGCUGGAAAGACUGGGACAUGGAGCAGAACAACUCCUGGUGUCCCUCCUCUUCUUCUCUAUGAUGGAUAUCAUCUCAGCGAGAAUAGCCCCGCAAGAAGGAGUGGAUUCUCAAAAGGCCACCGACUGGAGCCUGGCGGUGUUUCAGCAUUUGAACAAACAAAACAUACACUGGCUGUCAAUCUUCACUUCAACAUGGCCAGCUCAGGGCCCUGAACAGAUCCUUCACAGUGCUGCGUCGGAUCAACAUUUGAAGCUAAUGCCCAUUGCGUUUUACAGCCUCCUCUCCGCCUUCGACUCAAGCCAACUGACCACAGAUCCCAACUUCCUGUAUGUGGCUGUUGACCAGUACACCCAGUUGGUGCAGCUCUUUAUGGAGGGGACAACAGAAAUGGCACCAAGUCUGAGAGAGCCAAGCCUGUGCGCCAUGGAGCCUGAGGAGCCAUUGGCGCUGAUCAGAAUGGCACGCCAGUUCCUGCUCCAUCUCAUCCCCCGGUGCCCGCAAGGAAGCUUUGCCAACCUUCAACAGUUGCUGGAUCUCUGUGGACUCCUGGACCCAGAGCUCAAGGCGGCCCUUGUGGAUUUGGGGGGUCUCCUGGAUGAAGAACCACUCCUCUUCUGAUGGCUUUCGUUGGAAAACAAAUAGCAAAAUGGGCUGCACCUCACCUGUCCAAAGCUUCCCUGUGAAUAAUUUAUUACAAGCAUGGCUUUGUCACAAUAAAAACCAGGUUCACAAAA